UUUAGGACUUCAGAUGCCGACAAUACAAUAUCAGUGAUGGAGGGAGAUUCUGUCACCCUACAUGUUGGUGUUUCUGCAAUAGAGAGAGAUGAUCAGAUACUCUGGAGGUUUGGACCUAAAAACUCUCGUAUUGCUGAAAUCUACAAGCAGGACAACCCAACAUAUGACAGUAAUGAGAUUUUCAGAAACAGACUGAAGAUGAAUAAUCAAACUGGAACUCUCACCAUCAAAAACAUCAGAAAAAAACACUCUGGACUUUACCAAGUAACCAUCAUCAGUAAUGGAAGGACUUCAGACAAGAUGUUCAGAGUUAUUGUUCAUGCUCAUCUACCUGGUCCCAAUAUCAUUAGAGACUCUUCACAAUGUUCUUCAUCAUCAUCAUCAUCAUCAUCAAAUUGUUCAUUGUUAUGUUCAGCUGUGAAUGUGAGUCAUGUGACUCUCUCCUGGUACAAAGGAAACAGUUUAUUGUCCAGCAUCAGUGUGUCUGAUCUCAGCAUCAGUCUCUCUCUACCUCUGGAGGUAGAAUAUCAGGAUAAAAACACCUACAGCUGUGUGAUCAACAAUCCCAUCAGAAACCAGAGCAAACAUCUGGACAUCAUGCAGCUUUGUCAACCAUGUGCAGACCCUAUUCAGUGUUGUGGUUCUACCGAAGCUGUGAUCCGACUGGUCAUCUCUGCUGUUGUGGGCGUGGCUACUGUUGCUCUAUUAGUUGAUCACUUCAAAUCCGUUAGUGUUGGACAUAAACUGAGAGCAGAAAUGUCACCAUCAGUCCCUUAACGACUUUUUAAUGUUUUUGGAUAUUCAUUUUCUUUAUAAUGAGUAUGAAGUUGUUUGAAUGUGAAUGUAGCCUACACAUUUUGGCUGUUAAUUAAUUUGUGCUGCAUAUGGCAUAUACACAUCUGGUGGCCAUGUAGUAUUUAAUCUAAAGCCCGGGAUACACUGCACGAUUUUUGGCUGUCCCAGACGAAAGAUUGCCAUCAUGAAACAAUUGUGGC